GGGGUGGGGUGCAGUUUUCCUCUUCAGACCCCUCCCGUGCAAUGCCAAAGCCUCGGGGGCCAGCAGAUUCAGCUCCUAAGCCUGUCCAACCAGUUGUUUGGGAGAAAGGGGGCGCGUGGGAGGGGCAGCAGGAGGUGCCAGAAGCAGCCUCCCCCGGCCCAGCACACACAACGGAGCCUCUGGGGCUCUGGAUGCUGCAGACAGAUCCUCGGACAGACAGACAGUUGGACGCUUGGCCUGGCCAUGAGGCUCAGCGGGGGACAGGCUUCUCUUCUGAUGGCACUGUUGCUGCUGCUGAACUGCCUCCAUCCGGGACGAGUCUGGCUACGCCCCCAGCUCUCAAGUGCCACCCUGGCAGGGAGACUUACCCAGUCCACCUUCACACCGCAGCAGCCGCGGGGCCAGUUCAGUCACCCUAACAUCGCCGACUUGGACGCCAUCUGGCUGCUGUUGGCCCACAGCGAUGCCACCCAGAGCUUCACUGCCCCACAGAGGAUGGAGGACACCCCGGUCCCUGCCAACUUGCCCCAGAGGGGCUGCUACGUCACGCUGAGGGCCAACAGAGCGCUCUACGAUGGCCGCUACUCCCCGAUGACAAGGGGCUGCCACCACCCCCUGCCGGGCCCGGGCCCCUACCGAGUGAAGUUUCUGGUGGUGAGAGACAGGGGACCCGCGGCUGAGACUGAGUGGUCCAAUGAGACCCGCCUGCAGCAAGCCGAGGCGCUCCAGGCUGCCCCAGGGCCCCAGAGCGCGGGCCCCGUGGUCAUCGCUGCCAUCCUGUCCGUCCUGCUGGCUGCCCUCCUCACCGCCCUCCUGACCCUGCUCAGCUACGCCUGCUACGACACCUGUGGGAGCACGGCCAUCUCUGGCCCAGGGGAGCUGGCAUGCAUGAGAAGAUAUAACACCCACCACAUGUUCAGCCCUUCAGCCGAGGGGGGCUCCUGAGAGGCUCCAGGGGGCCCCCAUCUGCCCCUCUGCCUCGCCCCUGGUCCAGGCUGCAGAGCAUGGGCUGGGGGCGCGCCCUGCUGCUUCAGAGCCCUGGGAGAGAGUGUUUCCAAAGAAGGAAGCGGGGGAGGGUGUCCUUAGUCCAAAGCUUGGGCCUGUCCCUGUCAGAAAUAAAUGUCCCCAUUAUUGGGGACAGCCCCCUGAAUGGCUGUGUCAUGGUGCACCUGGGCAGUCUCCCUGCAUCCCUUUCCCCAGCUCCUCCUGGGAGGAUACAGCAACCGGGGGUGAAGCCCAGGGUGCUAGGCCAGUUGAGCCAUCGGGGCAGGGCAAGCCUCUCUUCUGGCCUCAAUGGCCUUGUCUGUAAAGUGAGGAUGAUUCCAGUGGUCCCACUGGGCCCGCUGAGGCUAAACCAAGGAGGUGAUCGUGCUCACCUGCCCUACGUGUCUGGCACUUGCUGC